CGCGACGCAACACUCGCCGCCGAGAGAAUGAAGACUCUGGUGUGUAUUUUGUUGGCCGCAUCUGUAGCAUCGGCUAUAGACCCAGCACUGGACAACCAUUGGACUUUAUGGAAAAUAACCUACAGUAAGAAUUAUGAACAUGAGAGAGAAGACAUUACAAGGAGAAUCAUUUGGGAGAAGAACUUGAAGUUUGUCACGCUACAUAACCUUGAACAUGAAUUGGGGGUUCACUCAUUCACUGUUGGAAUGAACCAUCUUGCUGAUAUGACUAGUGAAGAAGUGGAGGCCCAGCUAACCGGAUUAGUACUACCUCCCCGUGAAAUGCAGAAAGCCUUUUCAAGUAACUCGUGGAAUAUUACAGAUUUCUCAAAGGUGCCAGACUCUAUAGACUGGAGGGAGAAGGGAUGCGUCACAAAUGUCAAAAACCAGGGCUCAUGUGGAUCAUGCUGGGCAUUCAGUGCUGUUGGUGCUUUGGAGGGGCAACUAAUGCUGAAGACAGGAAAGCUGGUCUCCCUCAGUCCUCAGAACCUUGUUGAUUGUUCUACUAAAUAUGGAAACCAUGGCUGCAAUGGUGGUUUUAUGACAGGAGCUUUUCAAUAUGUGAUUGAUAACAAUGGCAUUGAUUCUGACCAGGCAUAUCCUUAUCAUGCCAUGGAUGGAAAUUGUGUCUAUAACCCAUCCAGCAAAGCUUCCUCAUGCUUGAAGUAUCAUGAAGUUACCUCUGGUGAGGAUAAUCUGAAACAAGCCAUAGGUACUGUCGGACCAGUAUCAGUAGCAAUCGAUGCAAGACAUCCUUCCUUCUACCUGUAUAAAAGUGGUGUCUACGAUGAUCCAUCUUGCUCUCAAGACGUGAACCAUGGCGUUCUUGCUGUAGGGUAUGGGAACCUUGGAGGAAAGGACUUCUGGCUACUUAAAAAUAGCUGGGGGGAAAUGUACGGAGAUCAAGGGUAUGUCCGAAUUGCCAGAAACCGGGGAAAUAUGUGUGGUGUGGCCAGCUAUGCAUGUUAUCCAGAAAUGUGAAAACAGCACUGGAACCAUUGGAAAUGAAGUACAGUAUAUAAAGUACUGUAUAUAUCCAGUGCAGGCAAUAUACAACACUCCUGAUUG